AUGGCGCACCGUUCAGUAAGGUCACAAAGUGGUGGUUGUGAGGGCAUUCCAUUCCCUGGCCACUUCUACCGUAGCAAGCAGGAUAAACACAACCCCUCUUGUGGACCGUUCCACUUCAGGGCUCCCAGCAGGAUCUUCUGGAGGACAGUCGGAGUUCACAAAAUGGUGGCUGUGAGAUGUGAUGGCAUCCAAAUCUCUGGCAACUUCUACUGCAACAAGCUGAAGUACCGGUCUUUCCUGCGUAAGAAGAUUAACACCAACCCCACUAGUGGACCGUACCACUUCAGCGAUCCCAGCCAUGGCUUCUGGAGGACAGUCAGAGGCAUGGUGCCCCACAAGACCAAGAGAGAUCAGGCUGCUCUGGAGAGGCUGAAGGUGUUUGACGGUAUCCCCCCACCCUAUGACAAGAGGAAGCGUAUGGUCGUCCCAGCUGCUCUGAAGAUUGUGCGUCUGAAGCCCAUUCGCAAGUACUCCCUCCUCGGCUGUCCGGCACAUGAGGUCGGCUGGAAGUACCAGGCCAUCACAGCCACCCUGGAGGAGAAGAGAAAAGUGAAGGCCAAGCUCCGCUACUGCAAGAAGACACUGGUCAAGCAGGCGGAAAAGAAUGUCGAGGGCAACAUUGCAGCAGACAGCCGUUCUGAACUGAGAGACGACGACAGUGUCACAGUCUGUUGUUUUCUAAUGAGAGUCCAACAUCAGGACUUUCAUCAGCUCAGGAUGUCGUCAGGCAAGUUGCCCCACAAGACCAAGAGAGGUCAGGCUGCUCUUGAGAGGAUCAAGGUGUUUGAUGUCAUCCCUCUGCCCUAUGACAAGAGGGAGCGUAUGGUCGUCCCAGCUGCUCUGAAGAUUGUGUGCCUGAAGCCCACUCGCAAGUACGCCCUCCUCAUCCGUCUGGCACUUGAGGUCAACUGGAAGUACCAGCCCAUCACAGCCACACUGGAGAAAAGAGAAGGCCAAGCUCCGCUACUCCAUACAAUGGUCAAGCAGGCGGAAAAGAGUGUCAAGGGCAAGAUUGCAGCAUACACAGCCGUUCUGAAAAAGUAUGGGGUCCUUUACUGAACUGGGAGACGAGGACAGUGGCUGUCGGUGUCUUCUAAUGCGAGUCCAACAGCACCUCCAGGAAGAAAUUGACCACCACAAAAUGGAGAUGGAAUGUCUGCAGUGUGAGAUCGACAGUCACAAGGAAAAGAUGAGGAAGCUGAAGCACGAUGACUGACUUCCCUCUCACUGACAUACAACUUUAGCAAUAACUUUGUUUGCGACUGUAAAUGCUUGAAAGUUAUUAAAGCUGUUCAAUAAAUGUUUUCAAUUGCAUGCAGAGAUUUAUUCUUUGAAUCAACCUUACACUGAAACACUUGAAAUGUUAACAUCAAUGCAUCUUGUGUGUUGUGUGAAUAAAUCUGAAAUACGAA